UAUCAACCAGAUGCUAGUUACCAAGUUUGGAUGGCAACAUUCGUAUCUUCUUCUUUCGGCGCUUAUAUACCACCUAGUUUUAUGCGGAGUGAUAUUCAGACCACCAAAAGGAAGUUCUGAUGAAAACCUUGAAGAACUUGCUCUUUUGGAAGUGGAGCACGAGCAUAAUUGUCUCGAGCUUGAAAUACAAAAUAGAAUAACUCCAACAGAUGAAAACAAGCGUCUUAAUUGGUUGCAGUAUAUUUACGAAAUAUGUCAUUUGCGUUUGUUUAAGAAACAUUCUUUUGUCAUGCUUGUUAUCAUUGCAUUAAUACAAGGAGCAACUGAGGAAGGAAUCGAAGUUAUUAUGCCGGAUGACAUGCUAGAGCGAGGCGCUAGUCUACAUAGCAGCCAGUUAAUUUUGACAGCUUACGGAGCAAGUAGUAUUUUCGGAAAAUCUUUUCAGUAUAUUGUCAGCAAAUUCGUUUUAAACGAUUUGCUUAUCCAACUAGAACUCACUUAUUUCUUUUCAUUUCUGUCAUUACUAAUUUGCAGUAUAACGAAAACUGCUAACGUUGUUUAUGUGGCGAUGGUUUUUUUUGGUUUUUCUAUGGGUUGGUACAGUGCAAUCACACCACUCCUUGUGAAGUCUGUGAGUGAUGAUUUCUCAUUUGGAAUUGCUUGGGUUGAUACUUCUUUUGGUGUUGGCGCAUGCAUAGGAGUUCCGUUGGUUGGUAAGUGGCAGCCUUAA